AUGCUUUCCAUUGCUGCUCGCUCCAUCAAGUCUACUUCCAUCAAGUCCACUCUCCGUCCUUUGACUGCAAUUCGCACCAAGGUUACUUUGCCUGAUCUUCCCUAUGGUUACGAUGCUCUUGAACCCUACAUUAACACUGAAAUCAUGAAGCUUCACCACUCCAAGCAUCACCAAACCUAUGUCAAUGGAUUCAAUGCUGCUGAGGAGAAACUCCAACAUGCUUUCAAGUCUAAUGACUUGACUGAGCAACUUGCCCUUCAAAACGCUCUCAAGUUCAACGGUGGUGGACACAUCAAUCACACUCUCUUCUGGCAAAACUUGGCUCCCAAGGGUAAGGGUGGUGGAUCCCUCCCCAAGGGUGCUUUGGCUUCUGCCAUUGAUAAGGAAUUUGGCUCUUUUGAUGAAUUCAUCAAGAAAUUCAACACUGCCGCUGCUGGUGUUCAAGGUUCUGGCUGGGCUUGGUUGGGUUAUAACAAACAAUUCAAACGCGUUGAGAUUGCCACCACUGCCAAUCAAGAUCCUUUGCUCACAUUGACUCCUCUUUUGGGUAUUGAUGUCUGGGAGCAUGCCUACUACUUGCAAUACAAGAAUGUUCGCCCUGACUAUCUCAAGAACAUCUGGGAGGUCGUUAACUGGGAAACUGUCGCUGAGCGUUUCGCCAAAGCUGCUUAA